GGUGACACUUUUCUUGAUGUCCCGCCUACAUCAGCAUUCUCAAUUGGUUCCUUUGUUUAUCCAUCAAAUCGUAGUCAUGAAGGUGUUGUUCGGAUGUUUCUGACAGCUUACCACUGAGCCGUUGCCCUCGACGGGCGCACGAGACGAAGGAAACUGAAGCCUUUGGAUGUAGCCUAGCAUCCUGCUAGCCCUUCGCUGUAAAAGGAAGCCAUUGUUUGAGUUGCUGGCUAUCAUCAUGGCAACGCAAGCGUCGGCUAAACUGGCGUAACGCUGGAGCCAUCCUACACGAUGUGUGGCAGUAAUAAGGCGAGUGAACGUUCCCCCUCUCCAUCGUCUCGGGCCAGCCUCCCCGUUUCACUGACAUCCUAAAGUCUCUCUCCCAACCGGCCAAGAUGACCAACAGGAAGGAGCCGCCCUUCUUCAACGACGAUAGUGUGGGAGCUUUUCAGUAUAAGCUUCCCUUUUUUGAUACUAUGGAACUUUUCAUAGAGACCCUGACAGGGACUUGUUUUGAGCUGCGUGUGUUGCCUCUUGAAGCUGUCAUUUCAGUAAAAGUGAAGAUCCAGAGGCUGGAAGGCAUCCCCGUGGCCCAGCAGCAUCUCAUCUGGAAUGGUGUAGAGCUGGAUGAUGACCAUUGCCUUCAUGAUUACGGCAUUUCAGAGGGCUGCACGUUGAAACUCGUUCUAGCCAUGAGGGGGGGCCCGAUCAACACCCGGAGAGUAACCUUGGAGGACCCUAUCAAAGAAGUGGCUGACCUCAUGGAGAGCUCAAAAGACGAGGGAUGGGAGAGAAGUCUGACUAACAAGCAGGUCACGUUUGUGGUCUAUCGAGAUGGAGAGCAGCUGAAUUUCUUCCAAGUGCUCGACAGAGGAGAUGGUGCUUUAACACCUCUCUCAGAGUCUCUGAGUGGUGGCUCUGUGCAUAAUGCAUAUGCGGAGGAGGAUGGAGCGAGUCCUGCAGCUGCACAACAGAACCUCGAGAACUCCAUCACCAUGACUAAAAUGAAGCUGCUCAAAGCCAAGAUGGAGAGUAUGAACCUUAACAAAAAGAAAUCUGCUAAAGUAAAACCCUGCACCCCUGUUGGCCCUCAUCCCAGCAGCCAUCUUGGAUCUUCCAGCGUACGACACCAUCACCGUCUCUUUCGCUCUCUCUCACAGAUCAACCAGCCUUGGAAGACGAAUGCCCCGCUACCUCCGAUUGUAGACAGUGAAUCUAUAGACCCCUCUCCACCGCCUGCUGCAACCCCGGCCCAUUUCACAAUCCCCAGGCGGUCUCCUCCUUCGUUCUUGUCACCAUCUUGUUACAUGCUUCAGGAGGAGGAACCCUGGGAGACGUACCCAUCUUUUACAAAGAUCCUCCCUCCUCCCAAAGUGUCCCGAAUGGAGGUAGGCAGCAAGCUGAUGAGGGACUGUGUUUAUCCUCAGCUUUCACCACUGUGCAGCAGAGGUCCACCAGAAGCCCCCUUCGACCCAGCUGAGCCUUCAGCGGAGAUGGUGGGCCUGAGUUUGUUAGAGGAGCCAGUAGGACUCGUGGCGUCGACACAGUCAGGUGCACCGUUCGGGGACUUUUCAGACCCUCUAAGACUUGAUGUAUCCAUUCAGCAUGAGGGAGGUCGUCAGCCUCUUGACAUCGGGGCUCAGCACCAGCUGCCACACACCCCCUCCCCGAUCAGUCCAUGGUCACUGGGCACAAGUGAUGCACUCACCAGCAGAGCUGACAACACAUCGGUGCAUCUCACUCCGCCCUCCCCCCUAAUGAGCCCCGCCCCCGAGCCAUCCCCCACCAGACUGCUGCCUCAGCCUUUCGACUCCACACUUUUACUGUCUAACCUACAAGCACAGUCCUCAGUGAAGCCAGGCGGCACAUCCCCUCACCCCCCAGCCUCCGUAUCAACGCAUCCUCUGCGCCGCCGCGGUGUUAUAGAGUCACCCGGCAAACGACCAGAACACAUCUCUAAGAGAGAAGCAAGAAGCAUAACGAAGAUGGCAAACCAAGCCUGUAAGGAGCCACUAGGGUCUGUGAACACCUCUGAGUUGUUGGCUUCUCUCUCCACAAGAACUCCAGACAGCAGCAGGGACGGCCUCAGAGAGAGUCUGGGAUUUGCACUGACGCUGCCUCCUGCUGCCACGACCUCAGGACAGGGCAGCCUCGGCUCCAGGCUGCCAUCUAUUCCUACAGACGAGCUUCUUCAGGAUGAUCCCAUUAGACAAAUGUCACCGAUGCGUCGAGCAGCAUCUUCUUAUAAGACCAGCAACUGUUUUACUUACACCGGGGCAGUCGAGGCUUCAUUUGGGACGAUAGGCACUCCAAUGUACCACCUACCUCCAGUUAAGGCCCCCGUUGGCACCAAGAAGAAGAGCUCAAAGCACUGCUUCCUUUGUGGCAAGAAGACUGGGCUGGCCACCAGCUACGAAUGCAGGUGCAGUCACAACUUUUGCGCCACCCAUCGUUACCCGGAAACCCACGACUGCUCUUACGACUACAAAAGUGCCGGGCGUCGGUUUCUGCAGGAGACCAACCCUCUCAUCAGUGCUCCCAAGCUGCCUAAGAUCUAGACCUGUCUCCAUUUACGGGAUGGGAAAACACAAUUCUGCAUAGGUAUUUUAAUGAGGACUUGUGUCCUACACCGCUGUGUGCUUUUAAAGAAAACAAAUCAGCCAAGUUUGCUCAGACUUUUAAUAAAUAUGCUGUAAAUUAGAGUGUGAACAAGUUCCUUGUGUUUGUUACUUAGUCCUGUUUUUCUUUUGUCAGGGAAAAAAAAAAGAAAUGCAUGUAUUUAGGUAGUUUUUACUAAAUCCAUUUGCUGCACGUUAUUUUGUUUUAUAGGACCGCCGUUGACGUCACUUGACAAGUCUUUUAACAGAUGCACUUUAGAAUUAUAUUUAUACAGCUAACGUUUCUUCUCUAUGGUAAAGGCUGCAUACGUUUCUGUGCUCGUCUAUGAAAGUGUUGAUAUUAAUAUUCAGAUUUUUAUAUUCCGUUCCACUAAUGGCUUUUCUUACUUGGGCACACUCAACAUCACUAAUGACCAUGAGUUCUGUAGGAAGAACUGUGCUCCCUCUUAUCGAUGAAAUAAUAUUUAUUAAUAACACAACUUAUUUAAAUUAAAGUUUGGUUUUGAAACUGUAAGUAUGCGACAUGUGUAUGUGUGAGUGUCGGUAAUCUGUCCUUAUUGAUUCAACUGUAUUGGGGGGGGGGGGUAUAUUUAUUUUUCAGUAAGGUGGUUGCCAAUAAUUUUUUUAUUAUUGCUCAGCUGUUGCAAAAACUUUAAAUAAUGAGUAUCUACAGGAGUUUCAUUAAAUAAACUUCCUUUCCAUA